AAAUUUUAAUUGAAUGCCUUAGUAGUUAGUUUACUUAAAUUUGGAGUAAAACGAAAAAGUAAAGAGGAGGAGGAGGGUGGCGGUGUAAGAGUCCACGCACGCGCGAAUCAUGUCUGAAUCGAUUAAACUUUACUCAUCCUCCUCCUUCGUCUUCUUCUUGUUGAUAAAUGAACGGCUCUGAUCAUCCGAGCGCAACUCUCUGGGCAUGAUCUUCUGCCUUCUGAUUUCUUCUUCUUGGGUUUGUAGAUGAUGGAGUCGUGUGAUUGCAUCGACACACAGUGGCCACCGGAUGAGCUUCUUGUGAAAUAUCAGUAUAUCUCGGAUGUGCUUAUUGCACUUGCAUAUUUCUCCAUUCCUGUGGAGCUGAUCUAUUUUGUUCACAAAUCGGCUUUCUUCCCUUAUAGAUGGGUGCUUAUGCAGUUUGGGGCUUUCAUUAUUCUUUGUGGAGCAACUCAUUUCAUAAACUUGUGGACAUUCUCCACCCACUCCAAAACUGUUGCUGUGGUGAUGACAAUUGCCAAGUUAUCAUGUGCUAUUGUGUCCUGCGCGACCGCGCUUAUGCUUGUCCACAUUAUCCCUGACCUGUUGAGUGUCAAGACUCGCGAGAUGUUCCUUAAGAACAAGGCUGAAGAGCUUGACAGGGAGAUGGGGCUUAUUCUUACUCAAGAAGAAACAGGAAGGCAUGUUAGAAUGUUGACUCAUGAAAUUAGGAGCACACUUGAUAGGGAUACCAUUCUCAAAACUACCCUUGUUGAGCUGGGUAGGACUUUGGGCUUGGAGGAAUGUGCUCUGUGGAUGCCAUCAAGAAGUAGUUUGAAUCUGCUACUUUCACAUACUUUGAGCUACCAGGUACAAGUUGGGUCUACUGUCCCAACAAAUCUUCCUAUUGUCAAUGAAGUCUUUAGUAGUCCUCGAACAAUAAGAAUACCUCACACAUGCCCGCUGGCAAGGAUCAGACCUCUUGUGGGAAAAUAUGUGUCACCCGAAAUUGUUGCUGUUCGGGUGCCUCUUUUACAUCUCUCCAACUUCCAAAUUAAUGAUUGGCCUGAUCUUUCGGCUAAAAGCUAUGCAAUCAUGGUUCUGAUCCUCCCUACUGACAGUGCUAGAAAAUGGCGAGACCAUGAAUUGGAACUGGUUGAUGUUGUUGCAGAUCAGGUAGCAGUUGCGCUUUCCCAUGCUGCUAUUUUGGAGGAGUCUAUGAGAGCCCGUGAUCAACUCAUGGAGCAGAAUCUUGCUUUAGAUUUAGCUCGACGGGAGGCAGAGAUAGCAAUUCAUGCUCGCAAUGAUUUUCUUGCCGUCAUGAAUCAUGAAAUGAGGACACCAAUGCAUGCAAUUAUAGCGUUGUCAUCACUUCUCCUGGAGACUGAACUUACUCCUGAGCAGAGGGUUAUGAUAGAAACAGUAUUAAAGAGUAGUAACGUUUUGGCAACACUUAUCAAUGAUGUCCUGGAUCUUUCUAAACUGGAAGAUGGUAGCCUUGAAUUAGAAAUGGGAAAAUUCAACCUUCAUGGGGUUUUGGGAGAGGUCAUUAAAUUAAUUAAGCCUAUAGCAUCUGUGAAGAAAUUGCCUAUGACUUUAAUUCUGGCCCCUGACCUGCCUAUUUUUGCCAUUGGCGAUGAAGAACGACUUAUCCAAACUCUUUUAAAUGUUGUGGGAAAUGCUGUUAAAUUCACUAAAGAAGGCUAUGUUUCUAUAAGAGCAUCUGUUGCAAAACCAGAAUCUUUACAGGAUUGGCGACCUCCUGAGUUUCAUCCAGUAUCAAGUGAUGGCCAUUUCUACAUGCGAGUACAGGUUAAGGAUUCUGGAUGUGGCAUUCUCCCACAAGAUAUUCCACAUCUCUUUACCAAAUUUGCUCAGUCCCGGAGCAUACCCGCUCGACCUAGCAGUGGUGCUGGUCUUGGGCUUGCCAUUUGUAAAAGAUUUGUAAAUCUCAUGGGAGGUCACAUAUGGAUUGAGAGUGAGGGCCUUGAUAGAGGAACCACAACUACAUUCAUUGUCAAACUUGGGUUUUUUGGCAAUCCAGAUUUGUCAGGGCACCAAGUUGCUAACAGAAGCCAAGCAUACAGCGGAAGUGUAGACCUAAUUGGAUGUAAGUCCUUUGUCCAAGAUAAUGAUGAGCUAGGCUUUUCUAAUCGACGCUAUCAAAGAAGUCUCUAAAAUCCUGAACACCAAAAUUGCAUCCAUGGAAUUGGAUCAGGUCAUUUUGUUUCGCCUUUGAGACCAAAAUGGUACCCUUCCUAUCACAACUGUAUGUAAAUUUAUUGUUAUUUUGCAUAUGGCAAAUUGUAUAAUUUGCAGUUAGCAGAUAUAGAUUAGGAUUACUAUGUCAUGCCGUACUAGUUUGCGAUACAUAGAAACAGAAUUUAGAGAUCUCCAUUACUUAUUUUGAUUUCAAUCGCAUUGUUAGUGUUGGCCCGUGGCUUUUGGUUUAUGGAGAUGACACUUUCACAAUGACAACUUUGCUCUAUCA